AUGAGCGACUUCUUGGAUUUCUUUAGGGCCGAGGUGUUGGGGCGGGGCGAAGUGGGGGGGGUAUCAGCAAAACAGCAGGUGAGGAGACACCGCAAAGGAGGCAGCAUAGGGAGAGCAGCAGCAGCAGCAGCAGCAGACAGCAGCAGCAGCAGCAGCAGCAGCAAGAGACAGCAGGAAGAGACACAGAUAAAACAGGGAGACAGCGAGAGGAGAUACAGGCAGCAAAUGGGGAGACCAACAGAGACAGCAGCAACAGAGGCAGCAGCAGCAGAGACAGCAGCAAUAGAGACAGCAGCAGUAGAGACAGCAGCAAUAGAGAUAUUGUUCGUGUGGAGAGCAGCAGCAGCAGCAGCAGCAGCAGAUACUGCUGCAUCAGAGGAGGAGCUGCGCGAGUCGCUCAGCUGCUGCGCCGAUGCCUUGGCGCAGCUCGCAGCAGCAGAAGAAAAAUGCGUCCGCAACGAGGCAAUUGUCUCUUUGCUGGCUCUGCUGGCUUUGCUGCCAGCAGGUUCGAGGGUGCUGCUGGCGCAGCAGCGGCUGCUGCCUGUCUCUGUUCGCUUAGCAGCAGACGAUAGCUGUCUCUUCGGUCGCUGCGCUGCUGCGCGGCUGCUGCCGCAUUUGCUGCAGUAUGCAGAGGUGGCGCCUCCUGCUGCUGCUGCUGCUGCGGGGGAGGGCUCUCGGGUGAAGCGGGAGGCGCUCACCGAGUCCCCUGCUGCCGCUGCUGCUGCUGCUACGGAGGAGGUUGCUGCUGCUGACGAAGAGGCUGCGAGAGACGCAGCUCUUAGCAGUGAAGUUGUCUCCAUUAAACGAAUUCAGCAGCUCUUUGAAAACCUGUGCGCGGAUGAGUCGCUGUUGGUGAGGAGGGAGGCGCUGCAGCAGCUGCCAGCCCUGGUGCACGGAGCACGAGAAGCAGCAGCAGCAGCAGCAGAUGCAGCAGCAGCUGCUGCAGCAGCGUCUGGAGCAGCAUCUGCUGAGUCGGCUGCUGCUGCUGCAUCUGCUGCUGCUGCUGCUGCUGCUGCGGAAGAAGUGACAGGGGUCUCGCUGCGCAUCCUUAGAGGGGCCUUUGGAGAGACGUCUGAUUACUUGCGCGCUGCUGCAGCGGAGUCUGUUGCAUCUCUCUGUUCAUCUUGGAGUCCCCUUCCUGCUGCUGCAGCUGCUGCUGCAGCUGCUGCUGCACCUGCUGCAGCAGCUGCUGCUGCAGCAGCUGCAGAAGGGAAGGACAGUUCUGUUGUGUCUCCAUCGCGCCGUCAGUCUCCGAGUGCUUCUGUGGGGGCAGGCGAGAAAGAAGAGACCCCCAGCAGCAGCAGCAGCAGCAGCAGCAGCAGCAGUGCUUCACUGGAUUCUUUUGUGUCUCUCUUUGCUCUCUUGCGGCUGCCGGCUGUAACGAAUAUUGCUCGUAUUGCUGAGCUGCUGCAGCAGCAAGAGGUAGACGAGUUGCUGCUGCCCCUUGUCCCUCAGCUGCUGCGGAGUGCGCAGACACUGCAGCAGCAGUCUCCUGCUGCUUCUUUCUUAGAUCCUCCCAACUCACUGUCUCCUCCUGCUGCUGCACAUGCUGCUUCUCUUGAUGCUGCUGUUGCUGCUGCUCUCGCCGUAGCUCAAGCAGCUUCUCCUGCAGCAUCCCGCAGCAUAUUAAGAGAUGUGCUGCUGAUGCUACGCAAUGGAGACGCAGCAGUUGCACUCAGCAUAUCGAAGUAUCUUCAGGACUUCUGUCGUCUGUGUCUUCGUAAAGACAAUCCCAGCAGCAGCAGCAGCAACAACAACAACAGUGGCAACGGAAGCAUCGAAGGCCGCAGCAGCAGCAGCAGCAGCAAGACGAGCAGCAGCAAGAGCAGCAGCAGCAGCAGCAGCAAGAGCGGCAGCAGCAACAGCAGCAGCAACAGCAACAGCAGCAGCUCGCUGCCUGCAGAAGCAACACAACUUGUAGAGUGUCUCUGCGACUUCUGGAGACAGGGGGGACAAGCAGGAGACUGGCGGCUGCGCCUCGCCUUAGUAGAGCAGAUGCCAGCAGCUGCAGAAGCACUCGGCGCCGAUUUCUUUUUGACGAAUUUCUCUGCUCUUUUUCUGAAUGCAAUCUUCGAUAGAAUUCAUCAAGUGCGAGUUGCAGCCAUCAAUGCAUGCAAAGACUUAAUACGCGUAUUGGGGCGCAAGUGGGCUGUAGAAGAGUUGCUGCCUCGGCUGUCUCUUUGUUUUAAGCGGUCUUCUGUAUUGAAGACAAACUUUAAUGUAGACACCGAAGAAGAAACAGCUUCUCUCAGCGCCUCCUAUCUCCAGAGGAUAGUGGUGCAGCAUGCGCUGCCCAAACUAGCAGAAGCUCUGCCUCCCGAUUUGGCUGUAGAACGCGUCGCUCCGCUGCUGAUAGAGGGUCUGCAGAAGACGCAGGCCUCGUACUCAGCAGCAGCAGCAGCAACAACAGCAGCAGGAACAGCAGCAGAAACAAUAGUAGGAACACCAGCAGCAACACCAGAAGCAACACCAGCAGCAACAGCAGCAGCAGCAGCAGCAGUAGCAGCAGCAACGGCAACAGCAGCAACAGAAGCAACAGCAGCAGCAGCAACAACAACAGAAACAGCAGCAGCAACAGCAGCAGCAUUAUAUGUUGUUUGUUCACAGGAUGCUGUGCCCAAUGUCCGGCUGACUGCCGCUGAGAUGCUUCGAAUCAUAGCGAAGGAGAGAACCCUACCCGCUGCCGCUCUUGCGGGUUUCGUUGCUCCUCUCGAAAUCCUUUCUUCUGAUGAAGACAUCGAUGUUCGGCUGUCUGCGCAGUUGGCGCUGCAUGCAUGCAAAACCGUCUCUGCUGCGUAA